GGAGCGGGCGGAGCGGGCGCCGCACCGAGCGGAGCGAACGGCCCCGGCAGCGGCGAUGGCGGCGCCGGAUGCGGAGACCCGGCAGCGGCUGCUGCGCACCGUCAAGAAGGAGGUGAAGCAGAUCAUGGAGGAGGCGGUGACGAGGAAGUUUGUGCAUGAGGACAGCAGCCACAUCAUCUCCUUCUGUGCUGCUGUGGAAGCAUGUGUCUUGUACGGCUUGAAGCGGAGGGCGGCGGGAUUCCUGCGCAGCAACAAGAUAGCAGCUCUGUUUAUGAAGGUGGGCAAGAGCUUUCCUUUGGCAGAGGAGCUUUGCAAGAAAGUGCAAGACCUGGAGCAGCUCAUUGAGAAUGCACGAAAUCAAGUCCAAGGCAUCCCGGAGAAUGUGCGCAAGAUGCCGAAGCUGCCCAACCUGUCUCCUCAAGCCAUCAAGCACCUCUGGAUCCGCACAGCCCUCUUUGAGAAGGUCUUGGAUAAGAUCGUGCAUUACUUGGUAGAAAACAGCAGUAAGUACUAUGAGAAAGAAGCUCUCCUGAUGGAUCCUGUGGAUGGGCCGAUUCUUGCUUCAUUAUUGGUGGGGCCCUGUGCGCUGGAGUACACCAAGAUGAAGACCGCUGACCACUUCUGGACGGACCCCUCAGCUGAUGAGCUGGUUCAGAGGCACCGGAUCCACAGCUCGCACUGCCGCCAGGAUUCGCCCACCAAGCGCCCGGCGCUCUGCAUUCAGAAAAGGCAUUCGAGUGGCAGUAUGGAUGAUCGGCCGUCGCUGUCCGCCAGGGACUAUGUGGAGUCACUCCACCAGAAUUCCCGGGCCACGCUCCUUUAUGGCAAGAACAAUGUCCUGGUGCAGCCACUUGCUCUCGCCAGCUCACUCUGUUCCCGUGUUUCUCUUCUCAAGCGAGAUGACAUGGAGGCAAUCCCGGGAUACCUGUCCCUUCACCAGACUGCCGACAUCAUGGCGCUGAAGUGGACUCCCAACCAGCUGAUGAACGGCUCGGUGGGGGAUCUGGACUACGAGAAAAGCGUGUACUGGGACUACGCCAUGACAAUUCGCCUGGAGGAGAUCGUCUAUCUGCACUGUCACCAGCAAGUAGAUAGUGGUGGAACGGUUGUCUUGGUAAGCCAGGAUGGGAUUCAGAGGCCCCCGCUGCGGUUCCCCAGAGGAGGGCACUUACUGCAGUUCCUGUCCUGCCUGGAGAAUGGCCUCCUGCCCCAUGGGCAGCUGGAUCCACCCCUCUGGUCACAGCGGGGAAAGGGAAAGGUGUUUCCCAAGCUGAGGAAGCGAAGUCCCCAGGGCUCCUCUGAGUCUGCGUCUGACAAGGAAGAUGACGAAGCCACGGAUUACGUUUUCAGGAUAAUCUACCCAGGGGCACAGUCUGAAUUCGUUACCAUUAAUGGUAAUUUUCACCCAUUCCUUGCAUCUGUGAUGUCCAUCACUGCUGUGAGAGGGAAGAUGACGAGGACUCAAGCUGCAAGCAAGAUGGUGGUGAUCCCUAAAUGGUUUCUGCAUCUCCCCAUCACAUCCCGACCUCCCCUUGCCACACUGGGGGCCACUCAGCAUCAGUUGCCCCAGGACCUGAUGGACACGCCGGGUGCUGGCCUGCCUCCCAUGUGGCAACCUAGCACCCGCAAGUCAUCCUGCUCCUCCUGCUCUCAGAGCGGCUCCUCUGAUGGGGGACCAUCCAACGGCUGCAGCCACGAAAGAGCUCCACUGAAGCUCCUGUGUGACAAUAUGAAGUACCAGAUCCUCUCCCGGGCCUUCUAUGGCUGGCUGGCCUAUUGCAGACACCUCUCCACAGUGAGAACCCACCUCUCUGCGCUGGUUAACCACAACAUCGUGUCUCCUGAUGUGCCCUGCAAUGCCAGCUCGGGACUGACCGUGGACAUCUGGCAGCGAUACCUGCAGGACAGUACGAGCUACGAGGACCAGGAGCUGCUGCGGCUGAUCUACUAUGGGGGGAUCCAGCAUGAGAUCAGGAAGGCUGUCUGGCCGUUUCUUCUGGGCCAUUAUCAGUUUGGGAUGACAGAGGCAGAAAGGAAAGAGGCUGACGACCAGAUCCGUGCCUGCUACGAGCACACCAUGGCUGAGUGGCUGGGCUGCGAGGCCAUCGUCCGGCAGCGGGAGAAGGAGUCGCACGCAGCAGCUCUGGCCAAGUGCUCCUCUGGGGCCAGUCUGGAUUCCCACAUCCAGAGAAUGAUGCACAGGGACUCGACGAUCAGCAAUGAGUCCUCGCAGAGCUGCAGCUCUGGCCGACAGAAUCUUGCCCGGCUGCAGAGUGACUCCAGCUCCAGCACGCAGGUGUUUGAAUCUGUUGAUGAAGUGGAACAGACCGAAGCAGAUGCUCAGCUGGAAGACGGCAAACAAAGCAAGAUCCCUAAUGGGACAGUUCCCAACGGCACGUGUUCCCCUGAUUCUGGCCACCCCUCUUCCCAGAACUUCUCCAUCACAUCAGGAUUUUCAGAGUGCAGCUUCAGCAAUGAGGACAGUGCCCUGGAAACCACCAAAUCCUCAGCCAGCUCUCAGGGAAAGGCUGGUGAGACCAACGUGCCAGCCCCACAGGACCUGGAUAGUGCCCGACAGGAGGGGAAGCUGCAGGGCCAAGACAGCCUGGAAGGUGAAUUUCCAACCAGUGGAAGUGUGGACUUCGUUCCCAUGAGUGAGAGCUUGGCAGGGGUCCUGUGUGAUCACAAUGCUGUGGCCCUGACUGUGGUGGAGAGCUGGGCAGACAGCAAAGCUGAGAAACAAAGCUUAGUGGAGAGUGAAGAUAACCUCUCUGAGGAGCCAGAGAUGGAGAGUUUGUACCCACAGCUGGAUUCUCUGCCUGUAGCUGAUCUGGCCAACGGUGAAGCAUCUGCUGUCUCCUCAACGGGUGUCACCUACUCUCCAGAGCUCCUGGACAUGUACACAGUGAACCUGCACCGCAUUGAGAAGGAUGUGCAACGGUGCGACCGCAACUACUGGUACUUCACCCCCGCCAACCUGGAGAAGCUCCGCAACAUCAUGUGCAGCUACAUCUGGCAGCACAUCGAGAUUGGCUACGUGCAGGGGAUGUGUGACCUGCUAGCCCCUCUCCUGGUCAUCCUGGAUGAUGAGGCUCUGGCUUUCAGCUGUUUCACUGAGCUUAUGAAGAGGAUGAAUCAGAACUUCCCCCAUGGGGGGGCCAUGGACACCCACUUUGCCAACAUGAGAUCUCUGAUCCAGAUUCUGGACUCUGAGCUCUUUGAGCUGAUGCACCAGAAUGGUGAUUAUACUCAUUUCUACUUCUGCUACCGAUGGUUUCUCCUGGACUUCAAGAGAGAACUGGUGUAUGAUGACGUGUUCUCCGUCUGGGAGACCAUCUGGGCAGCUGCACAUGUUUCCUCUGCACACUAUGUGCUCUUCAUAGCCCUGGCUUUGGUGGAAAUGUACCGGGACAUCAUCUUGGAGAACAACAUGGAUUUUACAGACAUCAUCAAGUUUUUCAACGAAAUGGCCGAGCGACACAACACCAAGCAGAUCCUGAAGCUGGCUCGGGACCUUGUCUAUAAAGUCCAGACUCUGAUUGAGAACAAAUGAAGGAGGUGUGGAAGAUGGGGCAUCCUGACAAAGAGCCGGGACUCCCCUUCAAUGCUUCCUUCCCUUCUCCUUUUUCUCCAAGUGCCACACCUGUGGAAAUAAGGUAGUUGGACACGUGCUGCUGUUUAAACUGGAAGUACCCUUAGCUCUCCAAGUGCUGUGUUCAGUGUUAGGUCCGAGGGCCCCAUCUCAGAUCUUCGCAGCCUUCUUCAGUGACUUAACCAAAGAUCUGUACAAUUGCAUUUUACUGCUAAGGACUUGCUUGGGAAGCAGCACCCAGGCAGUCACUUCCUUGCCUUGUUGCAGCAGAAGGGCAGCAUGUGUGGUUACCACCACAACUGCUGAGGUAGCUGCCAGCAUCCCAGGUUGGAGCUUGAGGUCUGGGAGAGCGGAGCUGCCAGCCCUCCUCGGGGCUGAAUCAAGCUCAACAGCCUUUGUUUUGAGGAAAUAAAGUUGCUUCCCUGGACAGCCAUUACCCCGUGGCACGGGGAAGCCAGCCAGCCCUGCAAGCCUGGGCAAGUCAGGGAUGCUGCCAGUGCUCAGUUUCUUACUAACUUUCUGAGGUUCUGCCAGUAACAGAGGGACUUUGAUCACAGAAAUUCUUCUUCUUUUGAUCUUGUCCCUUGAUGCAUAGCAUCCCCUUUAGUAUUUUUUUAGAGCUCUGUUCACUCCCUGGGGUUUUUACGUUGUUUGUUACUAAAAUAUCUGAGCACACAGAGAAUUUCAGCUCUGGAUGGAUUUUCAGAAGAGCUCCAAAUUCAGCAUUGGGUUUUUCUUUCAAAAUCCAGCCUCUGUAAUGCUCUCUGAACACUGGAAAAUCUGGUCCUAACCUCCUCUGGGAACUCUAGACUUGAGGUUUUCUUACCUGCCUUACUCUAGCUGCUCGUGUUAGGAGUCUGGUCUCCCUAUCGUUCCUCUGCCACCCCUGUUAGGGGAGUUCUCCUCGGAAGGCAAGUCAGAGCUCCCGGCUUCGGUGAUGGUCCUGACUUUCCCUCUGAAGGUGCCUAUCUCUUCCUCUGUUAAUGAAAAGACCAGCUGCUCCAAGCUAGACAGUGCACACAAUGCCCUUGGUGCCUGCAGGUUUUCUGUGUGCUUCUGGGGCUGGCUGCAAAGCCCCCUAAGUCCACCGAAAGCCUCCAGUUAGAUCUCGGUGGGCUUCUUUCACCUGCCUGUGAAGAGGAAUAUAGCCCAAGGUCCCUGAGUGGUCUUUACUUUUGGAAGAUGCACUUCUGUGGCCGUUUUUCCUGCAGUGGCUCUCCAGCGCUGCAGCCCCUGGAGCACACUGCAUGAAGUGCCUCUCCAGCACUGCCAGCGUGAGGGCUGAGCUGCUGUGUCUGUCAUGCUAAGGCAGAGGGUUUGGAUUAAUUUCUCAACUCAGGUAAAAACAAUUAAGGAAAAGGAGAGGUGUAGAUUGUUGGUAGGUCUAAUUCAGCCAUGGAGGGCUUUUUGUCCUGGCCACAGAAGCCUGCCAUGAGCGCGUGCUUUUAGCAGCAGGGAAGAUGCUGGGUUGUAGCUCUCUGUAAGCAUACUUUCUCUCAAAAUUUGCUGCAAAAAUUUGUGUUCUCCCUCCAUGCGAUAUGUGAUGUGUGCGCUCUCCUCCUCCUCUGUGCAAGAUAAGACCCUGCUCUUCUCUUGCUGUCAGAGCGCUGCUCACCAGAAGGGAAAAGGGGCCCUUCCCUUCUCCUUUGUGCAACAUCUGUCUGUGCUGACUGUGUUUUGUAUUUACUUGUGGCAUGUGUUGGAUGUUGCUUGCAGAAAAAAAAAGACAUAAAUCUGCAGGAAAGAAACCUGCUGCUUCAGAAAUGUUCUGCAGGGUGCGGGGAAGCGAUUUGCAGUUUCUGAGCAGAUCAGUUCAUCGUUCUGCAGCACUGGGAGACAGAGGCUGCAGCUGGGAAAACCAGGAAGCAGUAGGAUAUACUGAAUCCUUUGGAGAAGGAGACUGCAGCAGGGGGUGAGAAUGAUAGAGAAGCUUUCAUUGCUCAUAAUCCAACAAACAGAAGAGUACCAACAGCCUAAGAAAUUCUUGGAAGCAAUUUCCUACACUGAAUCUCUAAAAGAGUCUGCAGUAGCACAGGAAACAAAGGUGUUUGAGCUUCAAAUCUGCCCGUUUACCUGCAAAUCUUACAUCUUUCCACAAAGCAGAGCAAAAUGCUCAUGCCCUCCUUAACAGGCUGUUCCUGUUCCUCCGAGGUCCUAGGACAGGUAAUGGUCUGCCUGCAUCACCUUCUCCUCAGGGGAAGGGGAAGUGCUCUGUCCUCCCCUUCCUGAGGAGCAAGAACCAAGAGGUCAGCUUCAGUAUAGUCUUAUCAAGCAACAUCACUGACACUUAUCUUUCAAGCUUCUGUUUUUCUUUUCUUGGGUUUUAAAGAAAAACAGCCAAGAAAUUCUGCACAAUAUUUGCUGUCUGUAUCAACUGAGAGUGUCUCUGGGCCGCUCAAUAGCAGUGUUUAUUUUGAAUAAAUUCUUGGGGGGAAAAGGUAUUUAUUUAUUGAUUGUACAUUACUGUUUGUCCUUGUAUACUGAAGUGUGUGAGUGUGCAUCGUUAUGCAACUGGAGGUAUAUCUUUUCAAUGUUCUUUACGAUAUCUUGUAAAUGUUUACCAGAAAAUUGUGUCUAUAUAUAAUAUAUAUAAGUAUAGAGAGAAAAUAUGUGAAUUAAGUGGGUUAUUUUUUGAGGGGGAGAAGAAAUCUUUUGCUUCUAAGAACCGUGUGGUUUCUAUAGCACCUAUUCCAUGAUGUGCCAGUCUGUCACUGUCCCUGUACUGUGAGAAUUGUUCCGGUGCAGCAACAGGAAGCUCAGAGCAGAACCACUGUCAUUACCUCAGCUUGGAUUGAUUUUAGUUCUGACUUUAAAACUUGUAAAGAAGAAAAAUAAGAGGAGGAAAAGUGAUGAAAAAAAGCUUUGUUUUAGCUGUGGUGCUGAGUAGAGUCUGUGGGAGCAGAGCUCUGCUUGAGUUGAGCAGGGCUGUGGGAUUCGCUUGGUUGUAGGAUUGAGGCUUGGUGUGGAGGGCAAGAUAUAGAACGGUCCGAAGAAAAUAGUGUGUCAUUUGAAUUGGGACUAAAGUGAUUCUCCUUCGCAGCUGAUCACACCGUUUGGUCAGGAAGGGAGCAUUACAGGAGCUGUUUGGAGUGCUUGUGGAGCUGAUCUGCUCUCCAAACUCGUGCCCAUCCCGACCAGCUCUGCUGGACGCAGUGCCCCCACACACAGUUCUGCUCCAAUUCGACAAAAGUCAGUGCGAACCACCUGUUCCCAAAUAUUCCUGUGGCAACUUGAGUCUAAAUUUGGAGGUCCAGGUUUGCGUUCCCGUACAGAUGUCAGAUAGAAGAUGAGAAUGGUUUCCAGGCCCUGCACUGGUGUAUGGUGCUGUUCCACCCUGCUGGACCCUCGCCGUGCUGCCAGGCGUGGGAUCUGGAGGCCAGGGAUAGGCUGUGAUAGUCCCUGUGCUCUACCCUUCCAUGGCCCCUAUCCACACGUGGUCGCAGUUCAGUUUUGAGUCUCCUCAGAAGCUCUGCUCCUCGCUGACCCCUCUCUGACCAGCAGGUUUAUGGGCUCCUGGAGACCCAUAGUGAAGCAACAUGGGCAUUGGGGGCUUUGAGAUCUGUCCAGUGGUUAAAAGCUAGUAAAAUUUAGGGAAAGGCUUCAUUGUCCGGGUGUCUGUAGACCUUCUGCUGCUUCAGCCUCUCCUGCCUGGCUCUGCCCCUCUGCUGGAUGCGCUGUUCUGGGUUUUUGACAAUGUGAAUCCCCGUGGCCCUGCGGGAUGGCACGGAUCUCUGCUGGCUCUGCAGCCGGAGGAUUGCCUGUUUACCACGGAGGGAGAAGCCGUUGCAGGGGAAUGCUUGCCCAUAUACAGUAAUGUUGUCUGGCUCCUCAGGGGAGAGGAAUGUCUCAUCCCAACAGCUCUGUGCAGCUGAGAUCCACCCCGUGCAGCGGCACUGCAAGCUGAGGACUAUCUUUAGCCUGCUGCUCUUUGCUCUGUGGGACCAGGGGUUUGAGCUGCUGUGCCUUCUCACUCGAGACUGCUGCAACCUUCGCCGGACACGGCGAGAUUUGCAUCCCUUUGCCCCUGGCCAAUGUUCUCUGCUCCAGGUCACUCCAGAGCUGAGCCUGAGAGAUGGACACGCUCAUAGGCUGAGCUGUUCACCUCACACUGCAGCCGCACUGAGCAUCCGCAGAGGAGUGGGCUUUUCACUCUGUCCUCUGUCAGAGCUGCUCAGCUCACAGAUAAUCUCGAUCUGUUUAAAUACAGUCAAUAUUUGUGCCCUGGCCCUGUGUUCCCCCGAGGGAGUUCCUAUUUGGGUUCUCUUCCUGCGUUUGAGCUUCCUGCUGCUGCAACCUCCUGAAUAACUCUUGGUACCCAUCUCUUUUAGUGUUACUCAUGUAAACGUUUUAGGUGUUGUCUUUGUUCCUAAAUAUGUGAUUUUUAUAGGAGUUUUUCUCUGACUGUGUUGAGUCUGAACUGCUUUGCUAUUGACAUUUUUCAUGAAGGCUGAGAUUGUUUUUCGCAUGGGAACUUCUUUCUGCCACCCUGUUCUGCUCUCAUCCAGCCUCUAACGCUUUAGACAUCCCUUAACAUCCCCCAAUGUACCUUUUAUUGUAACUAGAGCCAGCAGUACAAACGCAGGUAUCAAUAGUCAUCACUGAUAAGUGAAGACCAGAUCAAGAGAAGGGACUAUUCCUGGUGUGGUAGCUUGGAAUCAUAGUUCUUUUGGGAACCCAUCCCUAAAUUCCACCUUGGAGAUAUAAGCCUUGUGACAGGCUGGUGGCAAAGGGUAAUUUAUGGGAUGAGAUCUUUCUUAUUCUCUCUUCUUUAUUUGUUUGCUUGUUUUUAUCUGGCUCGUUCUCUGUUUUUUCCCCAUUUACUGGCUGAUUCUCUGCACUGGGAGCUGCUGUGGCAAACAGUCCUCAAAUGGGUGUGGGAACAGUUUCAGGAUUCUCAUCAUGGAAGUUUACUUUUAAAAAUAUCUUCUAAUAUUUUAAUUUGCUGCUCUCUGCCGUGGCAUUGCUGCCCAGUGGUGGUAGCCUCUGAGUCUGUUCAUCAGUGGCGUCAAAGCAACUGUCAUAACUAUUUUUCGCUCCAUUUGGGUAUUUCCAGUAGUACUGAGCAGUUCUGGGCACAUUUUCAGCAUUUUACUGUCAUGUGAGCACAAAUUGAUAGUGAAAGAGCACAACUCACAGAUGAGGUGAAGAUGUUUGGGGCAAUAGGGAAGGAUCGGAACUCUUACCACAACCAGUUUUCAGAAAUUCUUCUACAAGAUUUCUGAUACCCCGAAGUAGAUAAAAUGCCAUUUGACUGCUGCCUACUCUUUCGUGCACAUCAAUGAUCUUCUUUUGAGGUCAUUAUACUUGUUGCCUGCCCUGCAGUAAAUCUGUAUUGCUUAUUAAGGCACCUGAAGU